AGAAGAAUUGUCAUCCAUGUUGUGAACGUGCAAAGAAAAGCACAUGAGGUUAUUUUGUCUCAAGUAGAAUUUGCCAUCUUUUCGUGAUUAUUUGUUCAUUACAAACGCGUGUUUGAAGCAAAAUGAGUGACUUUUCGUCACUCGGGCUGUCAGAGUGGCUCAUUAAACAGUGUAAGCAGUUGGGCAUCAACAAACCAACUCCUGUUCAAGAAAAUUGCAUGCCAGCUAUUCUAGAAGGUCGUGACUGUAUGGGCUGUGCCAAAACCGGAAGCGGCAAGACCGCAGCGUUUGUGCUUCCGGUGCUACAGAAACUGUCAGAAGAACCUUACGGCAUCUUCUGCCUAGUGCUGACGCCCACCAGGGAGUUGGCAUACCAGAUCGCGGAGCAGUUCCGAGUCCUGGGGAAGCCAUUAGGUCUGCGAGACUGCAUCGUCGUAGGUGGAAUGGACAUGGUGAGUCAGGCCCUGGAGCUUUCCAACCAGCCUCACGUGGUCGUAGCCACGCCGGGCAGGCUCGCUGAUCACAUUCGCAGCUCCAACACCUUUAGUAUGAGGAAGAUCCAGUUCCUGAUUUUGGACGAGGCAGACCGGCUGCUGGAGCAGGGCUGCACAGACUUCACCAAAGACCUGGAGGUGAUCCUCAGGGUGCUGCCGGCCAAACGUCAGACUCUGCUGUUCAGCGCCACGCUCACCGACACGCUGCAGGACCUGAAGAGCAUUGCCAUGAACAGACCUUUCUUCUGGGAGAGCACGUCCGAGACUCGUACGGUGGAGGAGCUGGACCAGAGGUACAUCCUGACUCCUGAGAAGGUGAAAGACGCGUACCUGGUCCACCUGAUCCAGACCUUCACAGACGAGCACAACGACUGGUCAAUAAUCAUCUUCACCCACACGUGCAAGAGCUGUCAAAUCCUUACCAUGAUGCUUCGGCAAUUUAACUUCCCCACAAUCUCCCUCCACUCAAUGAUGAAGCAGAAACAACGAUUUGCCAAUCUCGCCAUGUUCAAGGCGAGUGUCUAUAAAAUCCUCAUUGCUACAGAUGUAGCGGCCAGGGGCUUGGAUAUUCCAACUGUACAGGUUGUAAUCAAUCACAACACGCCCGGCCUGCCAAAAAUCUACAUCCACAGGGUGGGCCGAACAGCCAGAGCAGGAAGGAACGGGGUGUCCAUCACACUGGUGACACAGUACGACAUCCAUCUUGUCCACGCCAUCGAAGAGCAAAGUCAGUGUAAAAUGAAGGAGUUUGCAGUGAAGGAGAAAGAAGUCCUGAAGAUCAUGACACAGGUCAACGUGACCAAACGAGAGUGUGAAAUAAGACUUGAAUCUACAGACUUUGAUGAGAAAAAGGAGAUCAACAAGAGGAAACAGAUGAUCCUGGAAGGAAAGGAUCCAGACUUGGAGGCAAAGAGGAAAGCAGAACUGGAGAAGAUCAGGAGCCAGAAGAAGAAGUUCAAAGAGCAGAUUCAGAAGAACAUUGAGGGACAAAAACAAAGACAGCUCAAUAGGAACUUCAAGAGCAAACAUAUGAAAAAGACAAAACAAGGAACCGAUUGAUACUUGUUGGGUGGUUUGAUCUUUUAUUACUGUGCAAUAUCAAAUAGUUUCAUAUUUGUGACGUUCUGCAAAUCAAUAUGACAAUUUUAUACCAUAAAAGAAAUACUCAGUU